UCCAACCCAGCUUGUUCUUAACCUUCUUCCCUACUUAUCCUUCGAUUUCUCUCUAAUUUGAGACUCAGAUAAAAAAAUUCGCGACGAAACGAUAAGCUUUUCGCGAUACCCAGGUUAGUCUUUGUUUCUCUUCAUUCGUUCGCCCUCUUUGUUUCCAGGGUAUAUUCAUAUCUCCGACGUUAAGGCAGUGCCGUUUCGUUGGCGCCGAAGUGGAACAAGCUUUCACAGCGUAGAAGGGUGUCCGGGUGAUCAUGGCAGACUUAGAAAAUUUGCUUCUUGAGGCAGCGGGAAGAACAGGUACUGGAGGGAGAAACCAACACUCUCAUCCACCGUCAAGAAGGCGACGUGAGGGUUCAUAUUCAGAUGGGGGAAGUGACUCUAGGGAUGAUGAUUCAGAUGAUGAUCAUGGAUAUGCAAAUAGAAAACCAUCCGGGUCUCAAGUUCCAUUGAAGAAGAGGCUGGACACUGCUGAAAGAGAUGAUGAUCAGGGCAGUCAGGAAGAAGGCGAUUACGGUGAUGCUGGUUCUGGCCGUGAACGUGAUAGCAGUGAUGAAUCUGAUGUUGGUGAUGAUCUUUACAAGAAUGAGGAAGACAGGCGACAGCUGGCACAAUUGACUGAACUGGAGAGAGAAAUGAUUCUGUCUGAACGUGCAGAUAAGAGAGGUGAUAAGAAAUUUACUGAAAAGAUUAGAUCGAAGCGGGAAAAUGAUAGGCCUAGCCGAUCACGGAGAGAGACCCCACCUCUUCCUUCUUCUCGUGGAGUGCGGUCAUCGGCUAGAUCUGCAGAUAGAGCUGCUGCUAAGGAUGAUGCCCUGAAUGAGUUGAGAGCAAAACGACUGAAGCAGCAAGACCCAGAGGCACAUCGUAAGUUGAGAGAUGCAUCUAAAGGCAGUUCUGGUGGCCGAGGAUCAUCACCAGUCAAGCGGAAACCCUUCAUUGCAUCAAGUCUAAGUAGCUCUAGUCAGAGUGAGAGUGAAAGUAGGUCCAACAGUGAAGACGAAGGGUCAACUGGAGAUGGUGGAAUGGCUGAUAGUGAGGAUGAGAGGGGCACAUGGGGACCAGAUGGACCAACAUUUAAUGAUAUUAAGGAAAUUACUAUCAGAAGGUCUAAACUUGCAAAAUGGUUUAUGGAGCCAUUUUUUGAGGAGUUGAUUGUGGGUUGUUUUGUUAGAGUUGGUAUUGGAAGGUCGAAAAGUGGCCCUAUCUACAGGCUCUGCAUGGUCAGAAAUGUUGAUGCCACAGAUCCCAAUCGGACAUACAAAUUAGAGAACAAGAUGACAUAUAAGUACUUGAAUGUUGUUUGGGGAAAUGAAAGUUCUGCUGCCAGGUGGCAGAUGGCUAUGAUUUCAGACUCCCCGCCACAAGAGGAGGAGUUUAGACAAUUGAUUAGGGAGGUGGAGCGAAGUGGGGGCCGGAUGCCGAGCAAGCAAGAUGUAUUGGAAAAGAAGGAAGCAUUACAGAAGGCCAAAACUUUUGUCUACUCUGCGGCUACUGUAAAGCAGAUGUUGCAGGAGAAAAAAUCCUCUUCAUCUAGACCGUUGAACAUUGCGGCAGAGAAGGACCGAUUGAGAAGGGACCUGGAAAUUGCACAAGGCAGGCAUGACGAGGCAGAGAUUGAGAGGAUUAAGAAGAGACUGCAGCAUCUGGAGGCUUCCCGGCAGUCACAAGAGAAAGAUUCCAAGGCUAUUAGGUUGACUGAGAUGAACCGAAAGAACAGAGUUGAGAAUUUCAAAAAUGCAUCAGGUUUGAAACCCAUAAACACUGGUUUAAAAGCAGGAGAGGCUGGCUAUGAUCCAUUUUCAAGGAGGUGGACUAGAUCAAGGAAUUACUAUAAUGCAAAGGCUCCUGGAGGAGAUGCAGCGGCGCCAGUUAAUGGUGGCACAAAUGGCAAUGAUGCAGGUGCUGCUGCUGCAGAGGUUGGCAGGGCAGCCACAGCAGCUGCCUUGCAGGAAGCUGCUGGCGCAGGGAAAUUGAUUGACACAAGUGCCCCCGUUGAUGAGGGAACAGAGUCUAACAUGCUGCACAACUUUGAGCUUCCAAUCUCAUUGGAAGCUCUUCGGAAGUUUGGUGGUCACGAGGGUGCUGUGGCAGGAUUCAUGGCCAGGAAACAAAAGAUAGAAGCAACUGUUGGAUGCCGAGUCCCCGAGAAUGAUGGGAGGAGACACGCCCUUACCUUGACGGUUAGUGACUACAAGAGAAGAAGAGGGCUUCUUUAGAAAGUAAUAAUUUAUAUUUUCCUAUUUGUGCUCUUCUUGAAGAGGGAAGUUCGACUGUUGGUGGCACAGUGUUUGCUUAUUGUUUUAAUUGUUUUCUGGGUGUAUGAGUAUGUUGUUUUCGGUUCAUAAAAUAAUGGUUUGACUACUUGCAGCUGA